AUGGGAAGAUGGCGCAGGAAGCAGUCGGGCAGCUCCGGCGACAGCAACACGCUCUCCGAAUCGACAACGACAGAGGGCAGCGAGAGCCGAGACCUUACCAAGACCUCGUCAGGUAUCAUGAGAGCAUUGACCGGCGGUUUUCGGUCAUCCAGCAAACCGAAGAAGAGCAAAGAAUCACCCGAAGACGCUCGUCUCAAUCGUCCCUUCACCCACCAAAACUUGGAACACCAGAAGAUAUUGAACGCCUUUGCCUUCAACUUUGGCAAGCGGAAACUGAGCCACGGGGCGCGGAGCAGUGUGAGUGGCGUUAGCCCUGGGGCCUCGAGAAAUGCCAGUUUCGAUUCGCAUCAUCUACCGCCCACCGGCUUGUCACAUCAUCACGGGGAUCGGAGGGAUACACAUCCGCGGUUCAACAGCUCCCUAGCCGGACAAGCACCACGUGAAGUGCCCGGGGAGGAGUCAGACAAAGAGCAAACCGAGGCUCCCACUGAUGUGCUUACCCAAAUACCUCAUCAUUGA